AUGCGCGGCGAGAACGCGGGCGUGCUGGACGCCAUGAGCGACGUGAGUGAGUCCUCGGACAGCGACGAGGAGCUGCUGCACGUGUUGGACCCGUCGGACCCGCGCGCGCACCGGCCGGCGCCCAGCGUCGUGCAGCCCACGCGCGCGCCCAAGACGACGUCGAAGAAUCAGACGGCGUCUCGCUGGGACUCAGACGACGACGACGUUGGCGAGCCAAUCAGCGUGGACUCGGACGCUGAGAACCAGACGAAUCAGGAGGAGGAGCCCGCCGUAGCCGAGCGUGGUGACGCCCCGCCCAAGACAGCGACGAAUGAGGCCGGCGGCGUGAAGCUCUCCAAGUGGGCGGCGCGCUUACUCGUGCCGGCCAGCGAGCGCAAGAUCCCCGUGUUCGAGGAGCCCCCGCUCGAGCCGCUGAACGACUUCAUCCUGAGCGACUUCGGCACGAGAUUCCGCGGCAAUGCGGGCGACGUGGAGGUGGAGAAGGACAUCACGGCGGAGGACGACAAGGAACAGCAGGACGACGACAGCAACAAGAUGCAGGUCGGCGCGCCGCUGUUCGACGCCAAUUCGACGAGCAACGACAAGGAGAACCAUGAUGGGAAUGACGCUGAGGACGGCAAGGACAAGAAGAGCAAGAAGAAGAAGAAGAACGCCGAGGACGGGCGCAAACGCAAGGAGAACAGGUACUUUGUCACAGACCUGGCCACCAAGUGCUUCCACUGCGGAGAGGUGGGCCACAUGGCUAGUGUCUGCAUGAACGACAAACUGCAGCCGCCCUGCUACUACUGCGCGCUGCGGGGCCACCAGUCCUGGGCGUGCCCCAAUUUGCCGUGCACCAACUGCUUGCAACUGGGUCAUCAGGAGCGCGAUUGCAGCAAUCGGUCGCUGGACAUUGAUCCGUGCAGUAUUUGUGGUCGCGCCGGCCACAUUGAAGACAACUGCGACAACAAUCAUACGCUGGACGAGUGCGAUACGUACAGGGAGCCGACAGCGACCAACUUCGCGGCCAGGACAGCCAGUGGUCGCACAGUGCAGACUUGCUACGAGUGCAAUGAGGCCGGCCACAUCGCCGCCGAAUGUCCUGUGCGCCUGAACGGAUAUG